GAUUUCUAUCCAUCAAGCUGAUCUUUCUGCCAGAACACACACCGAUCUGGAGGGAGUGAGAGCGUGAAGGCUCAGUGUCAUGCUGCUCUAGUAAAGGUGAAUCUCACCAGGCCAAUGGAAGUCCAACUCAAGAAAUUACGACAAAUGCUGGAGAAAGAAUGCCAGCUCAACCAGGAACUCCAGAACCAGAACAAAGAGCUGAAGAGACAGCUUGAACAGAAAGAGAGAUUGUUACAGGUGCUGCAAGGACAACUGGAUGAGCUUGAUUGUGCACCUCAACAAAACAGUAAUGAAAUGCCUGAGGUUCGACAGAGUCGGGCAGCUGUCAUGGCUCCGGAGCGAGUACCAGAAGUCCUGGAAAUCACUGCCAACAGAGUCAAUAAAACUGCCAGUGAGAAGGCUCGGAUUGUGAAGGCCAUUCAUAAGAAUGACUUCCUCCGUCGUCUGGAUGAGGAGCAGAUCAGUAUGAUGGUCGAUCUGAUGAAGGUUCUGGACUGUCGGCCUGGUGAGGACAUCAUCCGAGAGGGCACAGAGGGAGACAGCCUGUACAUUGUCGCUGAGGGGGAGCUGAAGGUUACUCAGGCUGGAUGUGAUCUGCGAACUUUGAGCUCCGGCGAUGUGUUUGGGGAACUGGCCAUUCUAUACAACUGUAAACGCACAGCAUCUGUCAAAGCCAUCACUACGGUGAAGUUAUGGUGUAUUGAGAGACAAACAUAUCGAAGCAUCAUGACCAACAAAUCAAAGAAGAAAAGAGAGCAACUCAUGGGCUUCCUGAAAACGGCUCGCACUUUGAAAGCCCUGAAAGAUGUGCAGCUGUCAAAGAUCAUUGAUUCCAUGGAGGAAGUGAAGUUUCAGAACAAUGAAGUGAUUGUCCGAGAGGGAGCAGAGGGAAAUGCGUUUUACAUCAUUCUCAAAGGAGAGGUUUUAGUGACAAAAAAUGUGAACGGACAGCAGAAAUUCAUUCGUAAGAUGGGUGAGGGGGAACACUUUGGAGAACUGGCUCUAAUACGAGAGAUCCUCAGGACAGCCACAUGCACAGCGGUGGGAGCUGUCACUUGCUUUUCCAUUGAUAAAGAGGUUUUUGAGGAGACCAUUCCUUUUGAAAGCCUUGAGCUCCAUGAUGAUAUUGCUGUCUCCAGGCCAGAAACAUCUCUAAAGCUGAAAGAUCUCGUCCCUGUACUGUACCAGGAGGGAAGUUAUCACGGAGAGCCUGUCACUCUUGGAGUCGGGGGGUUUGGAAAAGUGGAGCUGGUAACUACCUUGCAGCACAGAAUGUACUUUGCUAUGAAGAAGAUCAGUAAACAGCAUGUUGCUGCAAAGAAGCAGGAAGGACACAUUCUCCUAGAAAAGAAAAUUCUCCAGGCAAUCCAAUGUGACUUCAUUGUCAGGCUGCAUGCUGCCUUCAAAGAUUCUCGUUACGUCUACAUGAUCAUGGAGUUUUGUCCUGGUGGGGAAAUCUGGACCAAGCUGAAAGAGGCAGGGCGCUUCGAGGAGAAUAUAGCCGUGUUCAUAACAGCGUGUGUGGUUGAAGCCUUUGCAUACCUCCAUAACAAAGGGAUCCUGUAUCGAGACCUGAAACCAGAAAACCUCAUGCUGGACUCCAAAGGAUAUGUGAAAUUGGUUGAUUUUGGUUUUGCAAAAGAGCUUUCUCGGGGUGAGAAGACAUAUUCGUUCUGCGGUACUCCUGAGUACAUGCCUCCAGAGAUCAUUCAGAACCAGGGCCAUGACUUUGCUGCUGACUUCUGGUCACUUGGUGUUCUAAUCUAUGAGCUACUUGUGGGCAGUCCGCCAUUCUCCAGUUCAGACCCACAGAAGAUCUAUGCCAAGAUCUUGGAUGGUGUGCUGAAUUUCCCGUCAUAUAUGGGGGAAGGUGCCAAAUCUCUCAUCAGUAAAUUGUGCAGAUCACGUCCGGGCCAGCGUCUGGGCAAUACAAAAAAUGGAAUCAAAGAUGUCCGACAUCACAGGUGGUUUAACAUCAUUAACUGGCAUAGAUUAAGAAUGGGGCAGCUGGAGGCACCAACUAUUCGACUCAUAAGAAAGGUCAACUUUUUUUCACAGCUUACAAAAGUAACACUUUAG